AUGGAUGAUACAGAACGAAGAAGGUCUGUACCACAGGAAACAGAAAUAUUAAGACAACGACAUCAUCGCACAAGUGAAGAGGAGAGACAUCGACAUGAUCAAAUAGGUGAAGAGGAAAGACAUGAUAGAACAGAGACUGAGGUGAACACUGAAAGAGAAAGAUGUACGAGAAGAAGGGAAGACACUGAAGAAUAUGAUAUACAAGAGGCAAUACGUCAGAAUAAUCAUGAGAAUAGGCUGAGGCAAAAUUGCGAAUUUCAAGAAGAGUACAUAACGCUUGAAGAGAAGCAAAGAGAUAUGGAGUCGUACCUAGUUGCAAUACAUGAUGCGAAGGGUGGGAAUGCAAGUUUACUUGCAAGAUUGACAAACACUGUUGCGAGUACAUCGCAAGGAAAUCAAGGAAGGAAUAUUGCAGAAAUGGAACAAAAACUGGUAGCCAUGGGUAGUGCAGAUCAAGCAGAGUUUGAAAAGCAACAUCAAAAUCGCGGAGGUACUGAUACGAUUCAACCAAGAAGUUCUGGAAGUCCACAAACACAUUAUAAUAAAAGAACUGGAAGAAUAGUGUGGGAGCAGAUAAGUUUUCUAAAGUUUAAUACCACAGGGGAUAAGAUAUGGGAAGCUGCCAUUCUAAUGGAAGAUAUUCCAGAACCACAUAAUGGUGUUGGUAUAAUAAGAGGGGAUACAACUGAAAGCAAAAGCUGUCAAGAAAUUGACAUUGAUAAGUGCGAAGAAAGAGAGAAUAAGCGAAGGAAUUGGAAACGACGUAUCACAGAGAGUCAAAGAGCUGAGAAUUUAAUGGUGGAUGCAGUAUAUGAAGUUGCAAAAACAGAUAAGAAGAAUACUGAAGCAGAAUCUUUUACGAAUAACAAUGCUAAGCGAAUCAGAAAUAUUACUUCUACAGAAGAAGGAAGCUUGCAGAGGCAGAAGUUCUAUUUUCAAGAAAAAAAUGAAAGAUACGAAGAAUCUCGCAUAGAGGAGAAUGAAAAAUUUAUGCGAACUAAUAUUCUGAAAAACAUUUGCGAACUUAAGGAGAUUCAGCAAUUAAAGAGAACAAAUGAGUAG